AUGAAGAUGAAGAGUGCAAAGCUAUAUGAGCACCUCCGGAGCCACAACAUUAUCUCCCUGCCAAGCAAGAGCACACUAAAGCGCUACCUGCAAACAUACAAAACAGCUUUUGGGUUCAGUCACAAAGUGCUAAGCCAACUGAAAAAAAGGACACGACAUAUCAGCAGCUUCAAGCUACGCGGCGGCCUUUUGGUUGAUGAGGUUAAGUUGUCGGAGCACCUGAAUGUAACAUCUUCUGGCCGUAUUGAAGGAUUUGUGGACUUGGGCCAUUUUACAGCUGAAGAACAGGACGUUCCUUGUGACCACGGCAUGAUCGUAAUGUUUGUGUCAUUUACUGGCAACUGGACGCAGGUUAUUGGUGCAUUUGCUACUAGGGGCAACGUCAAGGCUGAAAUGCUUGCUAAGAUACUUAUAGAAGCUACCAUUCUUGCCGAGGCCAGUGGACUACUCGUAGACUUCAUCACGUGUGAUGGUGCGUCGUGGAACCGCCGAAUGUGGAAUAUUUUAGGGAUUGGCGUGAAGAAAGGCCAAAUUACGUGCAGCCGUGAACACCCUGUGGAUCCAUCCCGGCAGUUGUUUUUCUUAUCGGAUUUCCCACAUUUAUUGAAAUGCCUGAGGAACUCUCUUCUCAAAGGUCCACUGAACACUCCAAGUGGUAUGGUUUCCAUCCAGCCUGUAAGACAGGCCUUCAAGCUCGACUGUAGCAAUCUCACUCUGAAGGCAAUGCCUGGCUUGACGUCCGUGCACCUACAUCCAAAUGGGUUUGAGAAGAUGAGGGUCACAUUCGCAUUCCAACUUUUUGGGAACCGCGUUAUCAACGACCUACACUUCUACAAGGAUGACUUGGAAUCCUCUUGGGGCAACAUUGACGCAACAAUUUCGUUUUUCAGGUAA